GGCCAGCUCCCCGACAUCGUGGCCACGCAGGGCAAGUUCCUCGUCCCGCCCAUCUCGACACCCACCUUCGCAUCCCGAUACAACGCCAACUUCGCGGCCGCCCUCGUACAUGCCCUUCGCCGACUCCAGGAGAAGGGAGCCGUGCGAAGGGUAAUAUACGGAGAGCAGGCGGACACGUGGCCGCAGGGACACACCCCGCCAUCGGUGCGCGCGCAGUUUCAGAGCGACAAGCACAUGGCGCUCCGCGAAUUAAUGACGGUUUUGACGCCGCCGACGCCC